AUGUCCCACCUGCUCCAUACCUUGCGCUCUGCGAGGUCUGGGGGAAGAAGGCGUCUAGAGUCGGACGAUGCGUCUGACCCUGAUUGGGAUUGGGAUGGGGAUGGAGAGUCAUCGUCAUCGUCAUCGUCAUCGUCAUCGUCAUCGCCACGGUCAUCGUCAUCGUCAUCGAGGAACAAGUACCUCUUAUCCGCACUGGACAUUAUCGCUUCACCAACUUCCAACUCGUUGGAAAGGACAGAAGCGCUGUACGAUUUGGAGCUGGCAUUGAAUCGCAGCCUCAAUGCGCCUCGUGAUGCGGGCGAGGGCGAGGGGGAGAGGCAAGGGGAGCAUGAAGGAAUAGGAUUCGGGGUGCGCAUGGCUAGGAGCAGGAUCAGAGGAGCGAGAAGAAGAGGUGCAGGUGGAAAUGUGUGGAGCAGAGUGGCUCCAUGCCUGCUAAACAACCUUUCCAAACUUCAUCUUCGCAUGACGCACCUGUCCGCUCUCUCCGCUCUCAUCUGUCCCGCUUGUCGCGUCUCCUUCUCCUCUUCCGAAAUCUCCUCCUCAUCUUCCUCCUCAUCCUCCUCAUCCUCCUCAUCUUCCUCUUUCUCUCCUCGGUCGCACUCAACGACCCCAUCGACAGCAAAAGAGGAAAGGCAACAAUUGUCGGCUGAAGCUGGGGCUUGCUUUGCUCUUCUCAAGGGACUGGCUCUCAUUUGUCCUGCUGGACGCGGAACUUCGCACGAGUGCGAAUUGCUACUCGUGCUCGCUUCUGCCGAGUAUUGGUACGACGACGCGGAGGAGGAGCAGGAGAAUGACGCAUCGAGGUCGGGAAGGACAAGUACCCAGGUACAAGAUAGGAGGGUAAAGCACAAGCACAAGGAAGACAAAGAGGAAGAGGAAGGGGAAAAGGAUCUGAUAGGCGCUGCUCCUGCAGACGCGAUCGAGUUGCUCUCCCUGCUCUUGCUCACGCGCAAGAAGUCAUCGAAGCAUUUCGAAGCUUUGGGAGGAGUCGAUGCGAUCCGGCGCAUCUCUCUUCCUUCAUCCCCCUCCACAUCAUCCAUCACCACCACCACUACGAAAUCCGCUUCCGUCGCCGUCGAGGCUGCAUCGGAGGGGCAGGUGAGGAGAGGAGGGACGUUUGCGAGACUGAGAAGAGAUGCGGCUAGGGAUUUGCUAUGGGGUUUGAGGGAUCGCAAAGCGAUCGAGGAGGAAGCGGAGAUGGAGCUGAAGAGGAUGAAGAGGAGGUGGAGAGCUUUUGCUUCGGAGCCCGGCGGCGGCGGCCCCGGUGAAUGCGCACCUGGUAGGCGAGGUGCGAUGGAAGGUGCUGCUAGAGAAGCAGUUCGACGCGAUAAUCGCAGAGAUUCUUCUGGGGCUGAGGCUGAAGAGAAUGGACAAGAAGAGGAUGAAGGGUACGCGACGCCACGCGAAGGGGAUUACGCUUCGAGUAGCGCUGCGCCAAGGAGGUUUGCUGCUGCUGCUGCUGGGCCCGAGGUGCGACUCGCUGCGGCCAAUUCUCGCACAUUUCCUCCGGCCUCUUCGGAAAUUAGCAGAGGUGGACGUAGACGUAACGCCAGUAGGGACUCGACCACCUCGAGCACGAGACACAGCAUGCAGUCGGUACGUCGACAAGAGCAGGAAAAGAUGAAGAUGGACUUGAUCAGGGAUCAGUUGAUGGCUUCUUUGAGCGUCGACGGUGUGCAUCGUAGCAGCACCGAGAAGAAGGAAGAGGAGAAGGAAGCGAAAUUUGCGCUGGCGCCUCUGCCUCUUUCGCCCUCGAAAGAGAGUCGUGUGAGAUUGAAUGCUGUGAAAGGACUUGGAAGCGAAAGGAAGGGUACGAAGGCGCACGAUGGAGAUGCAAAGAUGAAACUUGGGCCUUCUGCAAGUCCUCCGUCCUCCUCUUCGACGAGCCAGACAAGUCAUGCUUCGCAAGGCGAUCGCGGCAUGCGAACAAGUUCUACGAGACCCAUGCAUGACAGCCACGAAGCAGCAUCCUUCACACCCUCCAUCUUCCACUCCGAUUCCAACUUCAACUCCGCUACAGCUCCUCGUGCGCACGCGCACGAGCCCGAGCUGGAGAGCAGUCCAAAGAAGAGCCUGAGCAGGAGAACCAUACCUCCUUCGCCCGCCGUCAGGCGAGCCCAAGCUCGUUCGCUCAGUCCGGUCAAACGAACACCCAUGGGCGGCAAAUUGGACGUACCGCGGCGAGCGUUGUGA